AUGGCCGCCGAGCUCCGCAGAAAGCUGGUCAUCGUCGGCGACGGUGCCUGCGGCAAGACUUGCUUGUUGAUUGUUUUCUCCAAGGGUACCUUCCCAGAGGUUUACGUCCCCACUGUCUUCGAAAACUACGUUGCCGAUGUCGAGGUCGAUGGAAAGCAUGUUGAGUUGGCGCUAUGGGAUACGGCUGGCCAGGAGGAUUACGACCGGCUGCGGCCCCUGUCAUACCCCGACUCCCACGUCAUCCUAAUCUGCUUCGCCGUUGACUCGCCCGACUCUUUGGAUAACGUUGGCGAGAAGUGGUGCUCUGAAGUACAUCACUUCUGCCCUGAUGUCCCCAAGAUUCUGGUUGGCUGCAAGAAGGAUCUUCGUUUCGACCAGAAGACGAUCGAGGAACUCCGCAAGACCAGCCAGCAACCCGUCACCCCUGAGCAGGCCACAACGGUUGCCAACAACAUCAAGGCCACCAAGUACCUCGAGUGCUCGGCCAAGACCAACGAGGGUGUCCGUGAGGUGUUCGAGUUCGCGACACGGGCGGCUCUCCUCAAGAAGGCCGGGAAAAAGAAGAGCAAGUGCGUCAUCGCCUAA